CUUGGGUUUGAGAUAAAUGAGAUCGGUAUGGUGCUUGGUAUAGCAUUAUUUCCCAUGCUGGCUCUAAACCUGUUCAUCUACCCACUUCUCAACAGGAUAUUUGGAACCAAAAAAACGUUCAUUAUCUGAGGUUUUAUCAAUGGAGUUCUGAUGACGGUAACACCAGUAUUACAUCUUUUGGAAUCUAGUUCUUCAUCUUUGCUAUCGACAGUCCUACUGAUUGAGAUUAUUCCACAGAAAAUCAUGACAAGUUGUUCUUUUCCUGCUACGUCCCUCUUUGUAAACAACUCGUCACCAGCCCACAUGGCAGGAUCUGUCAAUGGUAUAGCUAUGACAGCCACAGCUAUCGCAAGAACCUUAGCACCAACAAUUGGAGGCAGUGUGUUUGCCUGGUCCAUAGGGAACGAUCUUGGCGCACCGUUUGAUGUCAACAUCUCUUUCUUUAUGUUCGAAUUUAUCCUUUGGCUGACUAGUGUCUACAGUUUGUUUAUUCCAGAGUCCCUAAACAGAAAGAAGAAAUAAUCUACCUCAACACAGAGAUAGAGAGGCUUAUAUCUGUACAACAGAUAGUAAAAUGUACAAGCAGGUGUUUUCAAUGUCAUUUUAAAAACCUGUCUAUCUGGGUACAUAUCUAAAAAGUAGAAUA